GUUUGUUCUGUUGUCUGUCAGGAACGCUGCAACACAAACUCAGGAAUGUUGAUCAAGGAAUACCGGAUUCCGCUGCCUCUCAGUGUGGAGGAGUAUCGCAUUGCUCAACUGUACAUGAUACAGAAAAAGUCAAGAGAAGAGAGCCAGGGAGAAGGGAAUGGUGUGGAGAUCCUAGUGAACGAGCCGUACCGAGAUGGCCCCGGGGGCAGCGGGCAGUACACACGGAAAGUUUACCACAUCGGGACCCACAUUCCCAGCUGGUUCAGAUCCAUUCUGCCCAAGGCUGCCCUGAGGGUAGAGGAGGAAGCGUGGAACGCCUACCCGUACACCCGGACCCGCUACACCUGCCCCUUCAUCGAGAAGUUCUUCCUGGAGAUAGAGACCAAGUACUGUGCAGACGGCGGCAAGCAGGACAACGUCUUCAACCUGAGCGGAGCUGAGAAAAGGAACAGGAUAGUCGAUGUGAUAGAUGUAGUGAAAGACGACCUGCCUGCCCAUGAUUAUAAGUUAGAGGAGGACCCGGCUCUGUACAAGUCUGCCAAAACCGGCCGCGGACCGCUGGGACCGGACUGGAAACAGAAGUGCCAAGACUCCCCGAAUCAGGACAUCAUGUGCUCCUACAAGCUCUGCAAAGUGGAGUUCCGGUACUGGGGGAUGCAGAACAAGAUAGAGAAGUUCAUCCAUGAUGUUGCCCUAAGGAAGACCAUGCUGCAGGCCCACCGGCAGGCCUGGUGCUGGCAGGAUGAGUGGGAAGGGCUGGAGAUAAACGACAUCCGCAGGCUGGAGAAGGAGACACAGCUGGCUCUGGCCCACAAGAUGCAGCGUCAGGGCAGCAGCAGCAGCCUGCAGGAGGCACACGUGCCGCCGAAGCCUGCUGCGCCUGCUGCGUCACUCCCUGCUACAGAGGAGACCCCGGCCGGGCCGCAGGCUGCUGAGGACAAGACUAAGCAGGCCGCAGAUACCAACAGGAGCACCAACGGUUGCGAGACGAGGAACUUCUACGAGUGGAGAUUCCAGAGCAUCGUGCGUGACUCGGAGAGCUGCUCCAGCUCGGAUGAGGAGUUCUUCGAUGCUCAGGAUGCUCUGGACGAGACGCUGCUGACCAAGUGGAGCUCCGAGGAGAUGGUUGCUAUGGACACAGUUGCUAUGGAUACGGUUGCUAUGGACACGGUUGCCAUGACACCCGAGACACCUGGGAAACAACAGGAGAAAGAUGACUUUAAUGAGACGAGGAAAGAGCCCAGGGAGCAUGCUGGGAUACCAUCCUCCCGGCUGGAGCGACACAGUGCACAGAGAUUACCCACAAUCCUCCAGUCCACGUCGCAAGGUGCCGCCUCCGGACCAUGCAGUCUGCUCAUCCUGGUUCUCCAUGGAGGCAGUAUUCUGGACCAGGGUCCGUCCAUCCUGGGUUCCAAACAGUCGGACAUCAGCACCUUUACCUCCACCUGUGAGUCGGUGAUCCAGGCGCACUUCCCCUCCAUGUCCGGCCAGGUGUGCAUCCAGCUGGUCACCUGCCCACGCGCCUGUGUGGAGGCACUGUCUCUGCUGACCAGUGUAAGCCCGUUCAGCACAGAGGCAGUGUCGCCCCACAGUAAGGCUCGGGUGCUGAGUAAGGAACACCUGCCCAUCGGAGCCAUGCCUCUGCUCGCUGCCGUCAGCGCAGACUUCCCCGAGCACGUGGCGGCCGUCAUCAGCCGAGCAAACCAGGUGUUCCACGACUUCCUGGCCUCACCUGAGGGAGCCGGCUUCUGUGGACAGGUAUGUCUGAUAGGUGACUGUGUGGGCGGUAUCCUUGGUUACGAGGCGCUGUGUGUGAGCCAGGACCACAGCCCCUGCAGCCCGUACACGCCCUGCACACCUGGGCCUGCACAGGACGGCAGCCCCGGAACACCUGCCGGCACACCUGCCGAAACACCUGGGCACGGCACCGACUCACCUGCCGAAACACCUGAGGGGCCCAGCUGCACACCUGAGGGGCCCGGGUUGGGUCCGGGUCUGGAGGAGAGUCCAGCCGACUCCGACAGAGAAGUCUCGUCUCCCAGCUGCAGAUUUCUCAGCAUGCCGUCUGGUCAGGACCCCGACUCUUCCACCGGGCAGUUCCACCUGUCCUACGGCAGUCCGGACCUUACUGCAGCAGGAGACCAGCCCAUGAAGUUUGAUUUUGAAGUUGGGGAUUUUUUCCUGUUUGGGUGUCCUCUCAGCCUCAUCCUCAUUCUGCGGCAGUUAGCAGCAGGGAGCGACAAGAAAGUUUGCCCCGCCCAGCCGGCGUGUACCCAGGUGUACAACAUGUUCCACCCGACCGACCCUCUGGCUGCCCGGCUCGAGCCUCUGCUGCAGGACCAGUUCUCUCACAUCGCGCCAGUCUCUGUCUCCAGAUACCACAAGUUUCCUCUGGGAGAUGGAACCACUAACUUACUGGUCGACACAGUUCAGAGCCACCCCAGCCUGUUCAUGUCCACGCUGCCUCUCCAGACAGAAGAGCGACGCCCCAGCGAAGCCUCCGUCUCCAGUCAGACUUCGCAGGCCUCUGGGCAGGGAGAGGCCUUCCACUGCCUGGCUAACGUCACAACGAGGUGGUGGGGAGCGAAGAAACUAGACUAUGCGCUGUACUGUGUUAGUACCAGCUGGGCUGAUGUAACCACCCGCUGGUGGGGAGCAAAGAGACUAGACUACGCCCUGUACUGCCCCGAGGCCCUUACAGCCUUCCCCUCCAUGACUCUGCCCUACCUGUUCCACGCCAGCUACUGGGAGUCCACUGAUGUCAUCGCCUUCAUACUCCGACAGGGCCCCGAGUGCUGA